AUGCGUGUCUGGGCUCAGUCCUCUAUCUUGCCCACCGGCAGCCUGGGUCCACGCCCGGUGCAAGCGGAGGCCGCGGAGCCCAGGCUGAGCCCCGCACAAGGACAGGUGAGGGUGCCCCGCCCUGCCGCCCCGCCCACUGGUGGCAGCACCACCCCAGCCUCCGGCAGGCGCCACCUGCAGUUCUGGCCUGGUCAGUCGGCGGCCGACAUUCUGUCUGGGGCGGCGUCCCACAGACGGUACCUUCUGUGUGACGUCAACCCUCCAGAGGGCUUCAGCCUCCGUAGGGGCGUCUGCAUCCACAUCGCCUUCCUCCUGAAGACCCUGCUGAAAAUGGAGGAAUUGGUACUGGUGCUACCCCCUUGGGGCCGCCUCUACCAUUGGCAGAGCCUGGACAUCCACCAGGUCCGGAUUCCCUGGUCUGACUUUUUUGAUUUCUCAAGUCUCAGCAGAAACAUCCCUGACAAUGAGUACGAACAGUUCAUGGCAGUCCAGGUGCAGAUGCAGGUUCAGGAGGAGCUGCAGGAGCGGCAGGAGGGAGCUCGGUGUCUCCUGCUGCAUCCAGAUCGUCCUUUUUUGGUCUCGGUCAUCUUCCCCUGA